UGGCCGCCAGCUGGUCACGUGAGAAAGGGGAACCAUGGCUGCCAUGGAGCCAGAGAUGUUUGCAGCGCUUCAGAUCUUGCUAAAAGCUCCUUCAAAGGAUGUUGUUCGGCAGUUGUGCCAAGAAUGUUUUUCUCAUUCAGCCAGUGGCUCAGACAAACUGGUUGAGAGUGUCUGCUCCAACCUCUCCGUUGUACCAAAUGAAGCAAACCAGUUAAUUCAUUCCUUGCACAACCUUACAAGAUACACAGUGUACCAUGGUCUGAUGUCUCCUGAAGAAAUUCUUUCUCUUUUUCCUGAAGGAUUUCACCAGAACCUUAAAAACCUCUUGACCAAGAUAAUCCUGGAAAAUAUCUCUGCCUGGAGAAACGAAGCCCAAAGUAGUCAAAUUUCUUUGCCCCGCCUUGUGGAUAUGGAUUGGAGAGUUGACAUCAAGACCUCCUCAGACAGUAUCAGCAGAAUGGCUGUCCCUACCUGCCUGCUACAGCUGAAGAUUAAGGAAAAUGCUGCCCUGUGUGGGAAUGACUUCUCAGCUUCUACUUUAACAGUAGAGUUGAACAAACAAACAUUGGAUACUAUGCUAGAUGGCCUGGGAAGGAUUCGGGACCAGCUUUCUACAAUAGCAAAUAAAUAAUCCUUUGGCUAAAGAGCUGCAGAAGCUAUUUACAUGCUGAAAGAAACUUUCCUGUCUUCCCAAUAUGUUAUAAACACUUUUGUUGUUUUUGUCCCCCAAGUUUUAAGUGGGACUUUUAUUUCCUUCAGAAGCAAAAUAUUUAACUUGUUCCUGGUCAAAUGCCUAAUGUCAAGCAAGCCCUCACCUUUUCUGUAUUCCUGGAGAGGUUUAUAGCCCAGCCUAAUCCAAAGACCUGUAAAAGGAAAGAGCAGCAACCAAUGAAGCAGCAUUUUUAUCUCCCUGCUCUGAAAUUAGGAAACCAAAAGCAUGAAUGCAGUGAAUAGGUUGGCUUCCAGCCUCAGCACACUUCUGAAAGGUGUUGGGCUCAGCAGCACGAUAUAUGAGAGUUUUCCUCUUCACUGAGGCAGAUCUUUUAAAAUAGAGCAAUUGUGAUGCUGUGUGUUUUGUCAGAGCUCACCACAAAAUUGCCUUCUGUGAACCUAGUUUUAAGUUAAAGGGUGGAAAUGAAUUUUGGAAGCAUUCGUUCCCAGCUUCUAAUGGAAAAGGGACUGUUUUGUCACUUGGUACGGGAUUUAACAAGAAGUGGAAGGUUCUGCGAGAGGUUUGGAUGUAUCAAAAAGGUUGCUAAUAGCAACCUGUUCCUGUAGCAACAAUGUCACUGCAUUGCUUAUGAAAUAUUAAGUGUUUCAGUUUUGUUUUUUAAAAAUAACCCUACUUUUCAUGGUUUUCUUUUCUGAAUAAAUUAUUUUCCCCUUCAGGCUGCUACGAAGUAGGAGCACUCUGUAUUAUUUGUUUGGCUGGAAAUUAAAUUUAGCAGUUUCUUUUAAUACUUUCAAA